AUGGCUCCUCAACCACUCAAGAGGACAUUUGCACUCUACAUGGACAGUGACGAAGAGUCCGACAAUGAGGAACUGCCACAGCAUAUCAAGAAUGUCCUUACCAAUGUCCACUUGCGCUACCCUGCCAUGAACUUCCCUCAAUAUGCCGAUAAACUAAAGGAUCGUGGUAUCUUGUAUCUGCCGACCCCAGCUCAUUUUGGUGUUAGAUUCUACGAGGAGACAGUUGGGAUGCCAGAGGGCACUGCAUAUACCUUUCAGAGCUGUGUUUCUAAAACUCACAUGAAGGCAGAACUUGCGAAAGGGAGAAGGAAAGCUAAAGGGAAGAAGAAAGCAUGA